UGAUUAGAUUUAUGAUCGGUUGGGGUUUAGGGUUAUGGUUAGAGAUCAGGUUUAGGGGUUAACCGUUAUGGGGUUGGGUAAUGGUGGGUUAUGGUUGAGGGCGUAACGAUAUGUGACUGGUCAGACCCCAAAACAGAGCGUGUUAAAGGAGUGAUACAAAGUCUAUUCUAAUAAAGUACAAAAAUGAGAAUUUUUAGUUUAGUUAAUAAAAGUGCCACAAAUUAGUAGGGGAAAAAAUACAUAAAGUAAAAAAGAAAAGAUUAUGAACAAAACACUACAUACAAGUAGAGAGAGAUAACAAUAAAUCAAAUUAAAACAAACAGCAACUAAACUAGGAAGGACACUAGGAAGGACCAGAGCAUGGAGGAAUACCAGGAAAACACUAGAACUUACUGGGAGAAACAAAGAGUGCAAAAAAAACAUCCAGCUAAGACCAGAAUGCAGCAUGACAAAGACAAAGAAACAAUUUAUGGCCUUCCUGGUAUGGCCUAGGGCAAAUGACUGGGAGCUGAUUACCAAUUGCUCCGCACAACCUUGCUUCCUGCACCGCCUUGGGGCAACAAAGAAUAAACAUAGGGAAUAGCCAAGUGACAGAAAAAUAAAAACACAACUCAGAGGGGAUCACGACAAAGGGUUUAGGAUUAUGGUUUAAGGUUAUGGUAAGGGGUAGGGUGUUCUGGGUUUGGCAUUAGGGUAAGGGUUUAGGGUUGUGGUUAGGUAUAUGAUCAGUUGGGGGUUAAGGUUCUAGUUUAGGGGUUAGGGUUCGUUUGGGUUUUGGUGGUUUAGGGUUAGUGUUAUUCAACAGUUUGUCUUACAGUUGUGGUGGAUUACAGUUAUGGGUUAGGUUGCUAGGAUUUUGGUUAGGAUUUUUUGUUUAGUGUUAUAGUGUGUUAGGAUUGACGGAAUUCCCUCGAAAGACUCUUCCACUCUGAAUCAGAGGUGCAGACAGUUUGUGCCGAUGUGCACAUUUGCCAGGAGCGAGACCUGAUCCUGCUCAUGGAAACCAGAUGUGAAAGGGAAACAUGGUGGCUUAAUUAUAACACAAAGCCCCCCAACCCCCCGACCUUCCUGCUCUCGUUUCUUUCUCUCUCGUCCCGGCGUCCACGCGUCACGUUUUCUCAUUGUGACGGAAAAGACUUCUCUUUAAGGGUCAGAAGAAUUUCUUCCGUUAACUGGGCUAUCAAAAUGGGAAGCGGGAGAACAUUCCAGAGUCCAGAUGGAGACGCUCACCUCCUUGGAAAAGAAAACAACUGAAUGAAAGAUGGGGAACACUGUGGAAUGUGCAGUGCAGUCGAAAGUGGCCACACAGCCUAAGGAGCCCCUACCAAUCCUGGGGGGCACAGGGGUACACAACCACGUGUCCUAUGUUAUAUGCUAAGUGUGGUGGAUGAACUCUGGCUGUUAGCUUAGCAUUAACACAAGGAUUGGAGGCAGUGGCAAACAUCUAGAAUAGCCUUAGCUUUGGCUAAAACUAAACUAAACCCAAUUUUUAACAUAUUUAAAUCGGCAUUUUUUUUCUAUUUUAGUCAUGUUAAAGACAUAUAGAGGUCCACUUAUCCAGUUUACGUGAGCUAUCUUUCCAGUCUUUAUUAUUAACUACACUAGUUGGCUAAAGCUAGCAGGGUAAGCUAACCCAAUUGGUGUUAUCACCUAUUAACACAUUUGAGCUCACGAUUUAUUCUUUUUAAAUUAUUAUUUUUUUUGUUCAGAUUAGUCAAUUUAGAGGUGCUUGAAUGCAGAUUUUGACUCCCUAACCGAGCUCUGUUUGCUAAACCUACUUUUAGCUAACUGACUUCUGUUUGCUAAGCUAACUGGCUAAUAUCAAGUUUUAUCAUAUUUAGAGAUUUUACAUUUAAUUUUUGCCUUCUUUUAAUGGGAAUGAGUCAUUUUAAAGGCUCACUUAGGCCAAUUUGUCCAGUUUAUGUUUAGUUUUUAUUAUUAACUGAGCUAGUUGGCUUAGCUAUCAGGCUAAACUCAGUCAAGUAGCAUUAAACUCACCUUUCAAUGCCUUCAAACUCCAGUCAUCCUAUUUAGAUUGUGUUUUUGUACAGAUAAGGCACAGUCAAUUUAGAAGUGUAUGCAAAUUUUGCUAAACCUAGCCAAGUAGCAUAAAACUCACCUUUUAAUGCCUUGAAACUCACAAUUCAUUAAUUUCCAAUUGUGUUUAUGUACAGAUUAGACAGGAAAUUAAUUUAGAGGUACACAUAUUUUGGCUCGCUAGUUUUUACCUUUCAUUUUUAGUCUUAUUUUCAUCAGAGUGAGUCUUUUUAUGGUGUAUGUAGGUCGAUUUGUAAAGUUUAUGUGAGCUGGCUUUGAGCUUUCCCGUCUUUAUUAUUAACUGGGCUAGUGGGGUUAGCUAGCACGCUAAGCUAAGUUUAAUUAAAAAAACAUCCGUCCCAAAUGAUUGAUAAGAUUUCUGGAGGAAAUAUCUCAGUACAAAUGUCCAUCCAGUUUUUUAAUCCAAUUAUCUACAUACAUAAAUAAAUUAAAACUAAUUAAAGAAUACAUUUAAUCCAAUCCAAAGAAAAAUGUCUAUAUGUAUAUUAUUGUUUGAGAUUCUUUUUUUUACAUAUUUAAUAUCUCUAGCCAGUUGGAGGAAAAUAUGCGAUGAGGAUAAAAUAAAUGAUAAAAAUGUCAGGUUUUCUUUAGUCAAUGGCGCGUAUUUUCCACUAGGGGGCGCCCACCGUCUGUCUGAUUCACCCAAACGGGGCGGAUGGUUUUGUUUUUGUACAACUUAUUCCAAAUAUUAAACAUGAAAUAAAACGCAUGAAGAUUUGACAUUGAUGUAGUUCAGCGUUUAGGAUGACGUUAGGAGGGCAUGUUGGAACACUUUCAAAGAUAUGUCUUGUCUUUUCUUGUAACUUUUCACACAUAAAUGUCCCAAACAUUUACUUGUAACGCAGUAAUUGUUGUGUCUUUUACGUGCAACUUGAACGAAAUUGUAGGUUUUUAUUUUUCGUGCGAGUGGCUGCACAAGCUAGAUGCAGCGGCGGCUUUAAAGGCUGCAACCCCGCCCAUGCGCACUAUCACAAGAACGUGGAUGUGCACACGCACACACGCACACACACACACACACGCACAGACACGCACACACACACACACACACAAAAGUUUGGGCUUCUCGCCGUGAUUUGCUCCGCGCACUUUGUUCCACUUCACACUGAGUGGAUUUCUUCCUCGAGGAGUGGUGGGAUUCGGUGGUGGUUGUUUUGUUUUUAAAAUUCCACCCUUAAGAGUGGAUCUUUGACGAAGGGAGUGGGGGAGACGGACUGUCUGCGUGAAGCUUUUUGUUGUUGUCAAUUGUGAGGCACCCCAGCCCCGUCAAAAAAAACAAAAAAAAUAGGCCCCCACAUGGACGCGCACCGCGGCGGCGGCAGCGCGCCCCCGGCCGGCCAGCAAGUGGUGCACGUCCGCGGUGACUCCCAGAGCGAACUGGAGGCCCUAUUCAGCGCCGUCAUGAACCCGACCAAGUCCGCCCAGCAGCCCGCCUCGCUGCCCAUGAGGAUGCGGAAGUUGCCCGACUCCUUCUUCAAACCGCCGGACCCCCGCACGCACUCCAGACAGGCCAGUUCGGACGGCGGCGUGUGCGCAUCCCUCACGCCUCACCACGUGCGCGCCCAUUCCUCGCCGGCCUCGCUGCCCGUCAACAUGCCCGACGCGGCGGCCGCCCCGCCCGUCAUAUCUGACGACGUGCCGCUCCCGCACGGAUGGGAGAUGGCCAAGACACCCACUGGACAACGAUACUUCCUCAACCACCUGGACAAGACCACCACUUGGCAUGACCCCCGCCUGGCGCAGCUCCAGUCGGCCGCCCUGCCGCACCCCGGCCCCUCCCCCGUCCACACCCACUCCCUCAGCAACCCGGCCACGGCCACCAAGCCGCCCGGCUGCAAUCCAGACGCAGGUGGGCUGCCUGAAGGCUGGGAGCGGGCUGCCACUGCCGAACGGGAGGUGUACUACAUCGAUCGCGUAAAUAAGAGCACCACGUGGCUCACCCGCGUCGAGGUAGCGCCGCCACAGUCCAGCCUGCUGAGCUUGGCCAUGCAGCAGCGGAAGGAGAAAGAGAGACUGCGAUGCAAGCAGCACAUGCAGCUCAAGACACAGGAAACAACCAGAGGAGGGAGAAACCAGAUAUCUGCUGCAUUGGAUCAUGAUAGGAACACACUUGCCCAGUCUGUGGAUGUCAGGAUCCGAGCUCCCACCCAUGAAUCAACGCUCAACGGCGGAGCUCACUCCCGCAACGAGAGUACCGAUAGCGGCCUGAGCGUCAGCAGCCUGCCACGCUCGUCUGACCUGACGCUCGCCUCUGUGGACCACAUGGAGACUGGGGAGUGCGGCGAGUCGUCGACUUUACAGGACUCGUUGCCCGCGAUGAGCGAGGGCGAGGAGUUGAUGCCCUGCAUUCCGGAGGGUCUGAGUUCCGACCUCCUGAUGGACAUGGAGACGGUCCUGUCCGGCUCGCACAUGGACAGGGACAGCCUGCUCACCUGGCUAUAGAGACGCCAUUUUGUGUCAGCCUUAAGAACACUUGGUGUGGAUUGUUGACACUAACAUGAGAGGGACUUCAUCUCCCCACACGUGAUGGAAGUCCAAAGCUACCCUCCUUCGCCCCCUUCAAAUAACCUCACCUCAGGUGAUAAAAUGCUGGAAUUCUUCCUUUUGGGCGGCUUCUGACAGAAUCCACAUGGUAAAGACACUUAUCUAAGGACACAUUAGGCUAUUUGAACCGGGUUUGAGCCCACUUCAAAGUCAGUUCUUCAUGAUUAAGCCACCUUGCACAUUAGAAAUCAACAGAACAACAACAAAUAAUUCACAAGGUCAAAAACGUCCACAGCACUCUCAACCACGCACGGACACGUGUGCUACGCGUGUCAUAAUUAAUGCAAUGCCCAUCUUGUACAACAGAAAUAAACAUGAUGACUCAAAAUAAUCACUGUAGUUAAAAAAAAAAAAAAAAAGAAAAACAAGUCCAUAGCGCACAAGCACAUAGAGGUCUUAUAACAAAUAUGAUGGCUUCUCUGGCCAGUUAUUGAUAACCACCACUAUGCACAAUAUAAACCAACAAAAUGACUUGAUAGAAUCCACAAAAUCAAAAAAUCCAGUGAACUCCUUGGUUAUGCACGGGCACGUGCGCAACGUCAAUUUACAAUCAUAUAAUGAAUGCGAUCAACACCUUGAAGAAUACAAAUAAACAAAGCAACUCAAAAUAAUCCAUAGAGUAAAGAAAGUCCACAGCACAUGCAUGCAUGUGCAAAGUAUUUGCCAUAUAGUUAAUGUAAUGCCUCCUCUUUCUUGCCAGUUGUACAUGAUAACCGCCACUUUGCACAACAGAAAUAAACACAACACCUAAAAUAUUCCAGAAAGUACAAAAAAAAUAAAAAAAAUCUACAGCACACAGGUGCUCCAAAUGCAUGUCAUGUGAUUUAUAUAUGAUGGCUCCUCUCACCAAUCAUGACAAUCGCCACUGUGCACAAAAGAAAUAAGCAUAACUAGAAAUAAUCCACAAAGUACAAAACAAAACCUCCACGGCACACGUGUAAUGUAUUUGUCAUAUAGUUCAUGCAAUGGCUCAACCACAUUGAACAACUACAAAUAAUCCACAAAAUCAAAAAAGUCCAUGCCAUGCACAGGCAAGAAUUAUUACUAACUGCCGCCGUGUAAAAUAGAAAUGAACAGAACAUCUAGAAAUAAUCCACAUAAUAAAUGCUCAGUCAGUGUUAUGUAAUGCAAUGGCUCCUCUCGCCAGUUAUUCAUUAUAACAACCACAUUGCACAGUAGAAAUAAAACUAAAAGUAUGCCACAAAGUCAACAGAGUCCAUGCCAUGCGUUUGAAUCAUAACUGCCACUUUGCACAAUACAAAUGAAAAGAAAUCUUAAAAAUAAUCCAUAGCCAAAAAAUAUCUCCAAAUGAAGGGAAGGUGUUAAAGCUUUAAUCAAGUGAAGUAAUUAUAUGCAUUUGACGUAAAAUAUGUUGUUUAUUGUGGUUUCUCGUACCAAUGGCCAUUCCUCAUAUUUUGCUCGUCCGAUUGAGCAACUCCAGCGGGUCGAAAUAUUAGGUACGGCAGUGGAAAUCAAUUCACUGAGUGAAGUACUGACAGCUGUUCCUAAUAUUGUGGUUUAGGCUUUUAGUGUGAGGUGGCCAUUUUAAAGCUGUUCUUACUGUUAAAGGUGCAGUUCAGCUUUUUAUCUUGGCAAUAAACAAUAAAUGAAGACUUUUAAAGGCCGCUUAAAGGAGCAACGUACUAAUUGUAGAUGCUGCGGGGUGUUUAUGAUUUUAUGUGUAUCGCUCAUACCCCCUCAGUGCAACACACUAGCUUAUUUAUCUGAGGAUGAUGCAUGACACUCCCUGUAUGGUAUAUAAAUAUAUGUAACAAUGCAUUGUAUGAUUACCAUCUAUUUAGAGUUUUGUACCUUUUUUUUUUAAAUGCAUGUGCUUUAUAUCAUUUAUUCUCACUAAUCUUUUGAAAUGCAUAAUAAACAUUUAAUAAAUACAAACCAUGGAAGUC